AUGGAUGACUAUGUGUGUGAACAGUUCCAGAUAGUAAGUAAUUGGAUUUCCGAUGAAUUGGGCAGUGACGGAAACUAUCAAAUUGAAGAUGAACAUAAAUUAAAUGUGUAUUGUGUUAAUAAUGAAUGUGAUGGUGACCUCGAUAUAAUUAAUGCUGGAUGUUUAUUUUUGUUUGAAAAAUUGUUUGGGAGUUAUGGAUUUUUUAAUAAUCAUAAUAGAAUAAAUAUUGUUGAAUACAUUUUGAUAUGGUUAAGUUAUAUGUUAAGCCUAAAAUCACAUGACAAUAUCGUCAAUCUAGAAGAAUUUUAUGAUCAAUAUAUAAAUCAUGGUAAUGAGUAUAUUAAUUCUAUAAAUUGUGAUGAUUAUAAUACUAGUUAUGUAAAUCUUAUAGAUAAAAAGCUUGAUUUGAUGAAUAUGGAUAUUAAAGAUAUAUCUAAAUUUUAUGAUGCAUUUAAAUCAUUAUGUGAUAUAUAUUCUGAAUUUGAUGGAAAAACGUCAAAUUGCACAAAAUGUUCGGAUGAAGCUCAAGAAUUUGCUAAAAAAUAUGAUGAUCUUAAUGAAAAUUAUAAUAAUACUAAAGGAAGUCCCUAUAAUAAAAUAUUGUCUACAUUAUCAAAUGAUUAUAAUAAUUUUAAAAAUAAAUGUAAUGGUGCUCAAUCUAUCAAAUUUCCAACCCUUCCAACAUAUUCACGAAGAUCAGUAAUAAAGAAAACUAUAAUUUCGAUUGUAUUUAUAUUUGUUGCAGUAUCAAUUUUCUUGGGAAUUGCUUAUAAGUAUUCGUUAUUUGGACGUCGGAAACGAGCUCUAAAACAAUAUUUAAGAGAAAAAAUAAAAAAUAUAAAGAAGAGAAUGAAUCAUUCAUAUAUGAUUCAAGAGCGUGACUAUUUCAGGAAUAGUAAUAAUGGUUGA